CAGGUCCAAGAUGGCGGCGGCGGCUCCUCCGGCUCCAUCGCCGCCUCCCUCCGGCCCCUGCUGCCCGGGCUCGUGGCCCAACUUCGCCGUCGUCUGCUCCUUCCUCGAGCGCUACGGGGCCUUGCUGGACCUGCCCGAGCUGCCCUUCCCCGAGCUGGAGCGCGUCCUGCAGCCGCCGCAGGAGCCCGCGGAACAGGUUCCAAAAGAAUUGGUGGAGCUUCACCUGAAACUGAUGAGAAAGAUUGGGAAGUCUGUCACGGCAGACAGAUGGGAAAAAUACUUGAUCAAGAUAUGCCAAGAAUUCAACAGCACUUGGGCUUGGGAGAUGGAAAAAAAAGGAUACUUAGAAAUGAGUGUUGAAUGCAAAUUGGGAAUUCUGAAGUAUCUCUGUGAAUGUCAGUUUGAUGACAAUCUAAAGUUUAAGAAUAUUAUUAACGAGGAGGAUGCCGACGCAAUGCGUCUUCAGCCCAUCGGGCGAGACAAGGAUGGCCUGAUGUAUUGGUACCAGCUGGAUCAAGAACAUAAUGUCAGGAUGUACAUAGAAGAACAGGAUGACCAGGAUGGAUCCACCUGGAAGUGCAUUGUUAGGAACCGAAAUGAGCUCGCCGAGACCCUCGAGCUCUUGAAAGCACAAAUAGAUCCUGCCCUGCUGAAAAACAACAGCCAGCAGGAGAACUCGUCACGUGAAAGCCCAAGCAUAGAAGAUGAAGAAACCAAAAAGACUGAAGAAGCUUCUCCACAAGAAAAUCAAUUAAAAAUUAAAGAAGAAAGAGAGGUGGUGGAGGAACAGUCAAAAGACUUGGAGAAUCUUCCUCUUCCUUUGGUCAAAGAAGAUGAAAAUAUGUUGAAAGUUGAGAAGGUGGAAGAAAAAGAAAUUAUCAAAUUGCCAGUAAUAGUAAAAUUAGAGAAGCUGUCAGAAUACAAUGAGGAAAAGCAAACAGUCAAAGAAGAAAGUGAUUCCUUUAAAGAAAAUGUCAAACCUGUUAAAGUAGAGGUGAAAGAAAACAAAGUAGAACCAAAAGACUUAAAAGAAGUAAAAAUUUGUACUGACAAAAUAGUAGUUCAUGAGCCGGAAAGAUUAGACUUUUGUGUUAAUGUCAGAACCCCCCAAGAAAUUGUGGAGAAAUCUGUGGAAGAAAGUGAAAAACUUAAAAAUGAUCAGCAGGCAAAAAUACCACUUAAAAAGCGAGAGAUCAAGCUGACAGAUGACUACGACAGCCCAAUAAAGGGGUCCUUGUGUAAAUGCGUCACUCCAACGAAGGAUGUCUUGAAGGAAGAAGGGAAACCAGAAGAGGAGACUUUUAAGAGAGUCCCUACAAUUACUGCUUUGUGUCCUGAGGGGAAAGUGCUCGUAAAUGGAGAGGUCAGCAGUGAAAGGAUAACCACAAGUGUCAUACAAAAUAAUAGAUCGGAACAUUCUCCUACCACAAAAGAAGACAGUUCAUUAAAGGAGAAAAAUGGUAAAAGUGGGGAGAAGGUAUCAGACUCCUUAAACUCUGUUAGUACAAUUAUGAAAGUGUGUGAGGUUGAGAAAAAUGCAGUAACUGUGGUCAAAGAGGUGGUGGGGUCUGUGGUCUCUGAUAUUCAGAAAGUGCCUUUAAAAGAGGAAUCUAGUCCUGUGGAUAAAGAGUCCCUCGACAGCAUAACUACUGAAAUGGUAGUGGAAGAGUCUUCACACUCUGGAGACUGUGCCAAAAAAACUGAAGAGAAACUAGCCGUGAAAAUCAAGAAGGACAGGCGCUCGCCGCCUAAUGAAUGUGUAGAAAAGCUAGAAAAUGCCACAAAUGCGUCUGCUCCUAAGGAACUGCCCAAGUUUGCACUAGCUGACAAAGAGAGUUGGAAAAGUAAAGGUGAGUCUGAGGAGAAAAAACCUGCUUCUCCCAAAGCUCCUGAGGCUCCUCCUUCGCCGUCUUCUAGUGAGACGCCCCCUUCGUCAUCGUCUACUGAGGCGCUCCUUUUGUCAUCUUCUGUGGAGGUGCCCCCUUCAGCUACUGCUGUUGAGGUGCCCCCUUCAGCUACUGCUGUUGAGGUGCCCCCUUCAACUACUUCUGUUGAGGUGCCCCCUUCAACUACUUCUGUUGAGGAGCCCCCUUCAACUACUUCUGUUGAGGAGCCCCCUUCAACUACUUCUGUUGAGGNGCCCCCUUCAACUACUUCUGUUGAGGAGCCCCCUUCAACUACUUCUGUUGAGGAGCCCCCUUCAACUACUUCUGUUGAGGUGCCCCUUUCUGUUGAGGUGUCCCCUUCUGCAUCAUCAGCCGAGGUGCCCCCUUCAACUGCUUCUCCUGAAAGGUGCCGUUCAUCUUCCUCUCCUGAAGUGCCCCCUUCGUCUACUUCUGUUCCAUUAAGGAAGUGCAUUUUAGAAAAGGAGGACUCUGAUACUAAGAGUGUAGUCCCCGAGGAAAGCAAAGUAGAAGUAAAAACAGACAGUGAAAAACAAGAGGAGCAGCUGGAGAUUGUCAAGACAGAACCAGAUAGUUUAGAUGAUGCCCAUGCUUCUAAUCUAGAGGAUUCCUCAGAGAGCAAAAAGGAAUCUCCAGCACCUAAAAGCAAAUUUAAAUAUAAGCUACUUACUGAAGAAGGAAGUUGUGCAACAGAUAAUAAAGAAAUAACUUCUGAAAGACAGAAAGAAGGAAUUAAGUUAACGAUCAGGAUCUCCAGUAGGAAGAGAAAGGCAGAAACACCACCAGAAGAGCUCGGCGUCGGUCGCACGUUAAGGCGAUCUCCGAGAAUAUCUAAACCUACUCCAAAAAUUGUGGAGACUCGGGAUCAGAAAUCAGAGAAGAAACGAGCUGAAGAGGAGGAGGAGAAACCUGCAGCAGCACAAAAACCAGAACGAAAAGAUGAUGCAAAAAAGCAGGAGAAGGAGUCAAAUUCUAAAGUUAAGAGAAGCAAAGUUCGGUGGACGGGCACUCGAACCCGUGGCAGGUGGAAAUACUCGAGUAACGAAGAAAGUGAGGAGUCCGAGAGUGAAAAAAACUCUGAGGAGGAAGAGGAGGAGGAAGAAGAGGAGGAGGAGGAACCUGCACCUGCUGAUGAUGAUGAGCCGUGCAAGAAGUGUGGUCUUCCCAACCACCCCGAGCUGAUUUUGUUGUGCGACUCGUGUGACAGCGGCUACCACACAGCCUGCCUUCGCCCUCCCUUGAUGAUCAUCCCCGAUGGAGAGUGGUUCUGCCCACCGUGCCAGCACAAACUGCUUUGUGAGAAAUUAGAAGAACAAUUACAAGAUCUGGAUGUGGUCUUGAAAAAGAAGGAGCGUGCGGAACGCAGAAAAGAACGCCUGGUUUAUGUGGGUAUCAGUAUAGAGAACAUCAUCCCACCUCAGGAGCCAGAAAUACCAGAAGGUCAGGAAGAAAAGAAGAAAGAUUCCAAAAAGCCAAAAUCAAAGCUGCUCGAAAGGAGGUCUACUAGGACCCGGAAGUGCAUAAGUUAUAGGUUUGAUGAAUUCGAUGAGGCAAUUGAUGAGGCAAUCGAGGAUGAUAUAAAGGAGGCUGAUGGAGGAGGCAUUGGCAGAGGCAAAGAUAUGUCUAACAUCACAGGUCACCGUGGCAAAGACAUUUCCACAAUCCUGGAGGAGGAAAGGAAGGAAAAUAAGCGACCACAAAGGGCUGCUGCAGCACGUCGCAAGAAACGACGGCGACUGAACGAUCUGGAUAGCGACAGUAAUCUGGAUGAAGAGGAGAGUGAAGAUGAAUUCAAGAUAAGUGAUGGGUCGCAGGACGAGUUUGUGAUAUCCGAGGAGAACCUGGAUGAGAGCGAGGAGGACCCGCCGUCAAACGAGGACAGCGACUCGGAGUUCUGCGCCCGCGUCUCCCGGCGCCACCUCUCCAGGCCCAUGAGGCAAAGCAGGCGGUUACGAAGGAAAACAGUCAAAAAAAGAUACUCCGAAGAUGAUGAAGAGGAGGAUUCCGAGGAGAACUCAAGCAGAGAGUCUGAAAGUGCUGAUUACACAGAUUACAGUGAUGAUGAUUACCUGGAAACCAGGAGGAGAAGAUCAAGGCGGAAUCAGAAGAGACAAGUUAAUUACAAGGAGGAUUCAGAGAGCGACGGCUCUCAGAAGAGCGUCCGAUACGGCAAGGAGCUGCGACGAGUGCACAAACGCAGGCUUUCCACUUCGGACAGCGAAGAGAGCUACACAUCCAAGAACUCCGAAGACGACGAAUCCGCGCAGGAGUCCAAGCGGCCGCUCCGGAAGCGCAGGCGGAGCACGGAUGAGUACUCCGAAGGAGAGGAGGGAGAGGAUGAAGAAGACGAAGGGCGGCCCGUCCGCAAGCGGCUGAACCGAAUCGAGACGGACGACGAGGACAACUGCGAGAGCGCCAACAACGACGGGGCGGAAACCGCCGCUGCGGCCGCCAAGGUGCCGCCCGCCGCGGACGCCGCCAAGAAGCCCUGCUACCGGAUAGAGAGCGACGACGAGGACGACUUCGACAACGUGGGCAAAGUGGAGAGCCCCUUGGACUACAGCCUGGUGGACUUGCCCUCCACCAACGGACAGAGCCCGGGCAAAACCAUUGAGAACUUGAUGGGCAAGGCCGGCGAGAAGCCCCAAGCGCCCAAGGACAGCACGGCCCCUGCCAGCCUGGCGCCCAACGGCACGGGCGGCGGGCAGGAAGCGGUGGGGCCCGAGGAAGACGAGGAUGAACUCUUGAGAGUGACUGACCUUGUCGAUUACGUCUGUAACAGUGAACAGUUAUAAGACUUCCAUUUUUGUGCUAAUUUAUUCCACGGUAGCUCAUACCAGCGGGCCAGUUAUUAAAAGCUGUUUUAUUUUUCCUAGAAAAUUCUCCACUACAGUAUCACUUUUUAGAAGCAAGAAUUUCACCAGUCCUGCAGUCUUUCUGUGAAGUGACCAGUUUUGAACUUUGAAGAUGAAUUGCUGUAAAUUCCCUCUUUUACACCCCUUUUCCUUCCAAGUCCAUGGUCCUGGGUAAUUUCACUCACACACACAAAAAAAGACCCUUAUAACAACAAGAGAUUUGUAUAUUUUUGACUUUAUAUUUCCUGAGUGCAUACAAAUUUGUGGAAAUGGGUGGCCUAAGAAAGCAUUCCAAAUUGGUCAGGGCCCAAACCGGAAUUGGGGUGGGUUUGGCUCAUGGGGUGUGUUGGGGGGGGGGUGGUACAGAAGCACUUGUGCUUUAGCUUUUUCAUAUGAGAUAUAUAUUAUAUUUAAAUGUUCACAACUUAGAUUACAACUUAACAGACAGUUAAAAAAAAUUAAUGUCUGUACUGUCGCAUCUUGUGAGUUGUAGGUUAACAUACCAUAGCCCAUUUUAGUAAUCACCUUCCUGGAAGCAGUUUGAUUUUUAGUACUGGAGGUAAACACAGCUAAUAAAGAGGCCAAGAAGGUACCAUAAACAAGAACUCUACUCUCCAUUAUGACUUGCAGACUUUCCUAAUAAACAUCCUUUAAAGUGUUUGUACAGUAAAGUGUACUGUAAUGAACUUCCCGGCAGUGAAUUGCUAAAGCUGUCUCACGCGUAGCUCAUGAGAUGGUCUCUGGUGCCCGUGUCUAGGGGGAGGCCGUGUGGAGACGAAGUUGGUCUGUAGAUCGGAUGGCAUCGGGACGUGCUGCCCUUAGAGACCCCCGAAGCUGCUGCCUGGCCGCCUGUGCUGAACCACCCGUGGGUGCUUGGAGCGGAGCGUGUCCGUACGCACCACCGCAUCGACCGCAGAAUUCCAGCGCGCCCCACGACGGAGGGAUUUUUCCGACAAACCGCGACUGGUCCAUUCAUGUCCUUAAAUAUCUACU